UUGAUGAUUUUAGUGAAGAAUCCUCUUUUUAUGAGAUUCUCCCGUGCUGUGCUCGCUUUCGAUGUGGAGAGCUAAUAGUCGAGGGGCAGUGGCAUCACUUAGUUCUGGUGAUGAGCAAGGGCAUGCUGAAGAACAGCACUGCAGCCCUCUACAUUGAUGGACAGCUGGUUAACACUGUGAAGCUUCACUAUAUUCACAGUACUCCAGGGGGUUCAGGCUCUGCAAACCCCCCAGUGGUGAGCACAGUCUAUGCCUACGUUGGUACUCCACCUGCACAACGCCAGAUUGCUUCAUUGGUUUGGCGCUUAGGACCCACCCAUUUUCUAGAAGAAGUUUUACCUCCUUCUAGUGUUACUACCAUUUAUGAACUCGGACCAAAUUAUGUUGGAAGCUUUCAGGCCGUAUGCAUGCCGUGUAAAGAUGCAAAAUCAGAAGGUAUUGUCCCAUCUCCUGUAUCAUUAGUUCCAGAAGAAAAGGUGUCAUUUGGUCUCUAUGCACUCUCUGUGUCCUCCCUAACGGUGGCGAGAAUCAGGAAAGUGUAUAACAAGUUGGAUAGCAAAGCCAUUGCUAAGCAGUUAGGCAUUUCCUCCCAUGAGAAUGCCACCCCUGUGAAACUGAUACACAAUUCCUCAGGACAUCUUAAUGGACCUGCACGGACUAUUGGGGCUACUCUGAUUGGAUACUUGGGAGUAAGAACAUUUGUCCCUAAGCCUGUUGCCACUACUUUGCAGUACAUUGGUGGAGCUGCAGCCAUCCUGGGCCUAGUGGCCAUGGCCUCUGAUGUGGAAGGAUUAUAUGCAGCGGUCAAGGCCCUGGUUUGUGUGGUCAAGAGUAACCCACUAGCCAGCAAAGAAAUGGAAAGGAUCAAGGGCUACCAGUUGCUGGCAAUGCUGCUUAAGAAGAAACGUUCCCUUCUUAACAGCCAUAUCCUCCAUCUGACGUUUUCCUUGGUGGGAACUGUUGACAGUGGACACGAGACCUCCAUCAUACCAAAUUCAACUGCUUUCCAAGACCUUCUUUGUGAUUUCGAAGUCUGGCUGCAUGCCCCAUAUGAACUUCAUCUUUCCCUAUUCGAACACUUUAUUGAGCUGCUCACAGAGUCCAGUGAAGCUUCAAAGAAUGCCAAAUUAAUGAGGGAAUUCCAGUUAAUCCCAAAGCUGCUCCUGACUCUUCGAGAUAUGUCUCUGUCCCAGCCAACCAUUGCUGCUAUUAGUAAUGUGCUGAGCUUCCUGCUGCAAGGUUUUCCCAGUAGCAAUGAUCUGCUCAGGUUUGGCCAGUUUAUUUCUUCUACUUUGCCAACCUUUGCAGUUUGUGAGAAAUUUGUAGUUAUGGAAAUAAAUAAUGAAGAGAAACCUGAUACUGGAACUGAAGAAGAAUUUGGAGGUCUUGUGUCUGCUAAUCUUAUACUUUUGAGGAACAGACUUCUGGAUAUCUUGCUAAAACUAAUUUAUACAUCUAAAGAAAAAACAAGCAUUAAUUUGCAAGCUUGUGAAGAACUGGUCAGGACACUGGGUUUUGAUUGGAUCAUGAUGUUUAUGGAAGAGCACUUGCAUUCCACCACUGUCACGGCUGCCAUGAGGAUUCUUGUUGUCCUACUGAGUAAUCAGUCUAUUCUCAUCAAGUUUAAAGAAGGGCUCAGUGGUGGAGGAUGGCUUGAGCAGACAGAUUCUGUCCUGACUAAUAAGAUCGGAACUGUAUUAGGAUUCAAUGUGGGCAGGAGUGCCGGUGGGAGAUCAACCAUCAGGGAGAUUAAUCGGGAUGCUUGUCAUUUUCCUGGUUUUCCAGUUCUUCAGUCAUUCCUUCCUAAACACACUAAUGUCCCUGCCCUCUAUUUUCUCCUCAUGGCAUUGUUUCUACAGCAGCCAGUUAGUGAGCUGCCUGAGAACCUGCAGGUCAGUGUGCCUGUCAUCAGCAGCCGAUGUAAGCAGGGUUGCCAGUUCGAUUUGGACUCCAUCUGGACAUUUAUCUUUGGGGUUCCUGCCUCCAGUGGAAGUGUGGUCUCGUCUGUCCACAGUGUGUGUGCAGAAGCUGCUUUUCUGUUGUUGGGAAUGCUGCGCAGCAUGCUGACUUCACCAUGGCAAUCAGAGGAAGAGGGGUCUUGGCUCCGAGAAUAUCCAGUGACCCUGAUGCAGUUCUUUAGAUACUUGUAUCACAACGUCCCAGACCUUGCCUCUAUGUGGAUGAGUCCUGAUUUCCUGUGUGCAUUAGCAGCAACUGUCUUCCCCUUCAAUAUUCGCCCUUACUCAGAGAUGGUCACUGAUCUCGAUGAUGAAGUUGGAUCUCCAGCAGAAGAGUUUAAAGCCUUUGCAGCAGACACAGGGAUGAACAGGAGCCAGUCAGAGUACUGCAAUGUAGGCACCAAGACGUAUCUGACCAAUCACCCAGCUAAAAAGUUCGUUUUUGACUUCAUGCGGGUCUUAAUAAUAGACAACCUGUGUCUUACCCCAGCCAGCAAGCAGACUCCACUAAUUGAUCUUUUGUUGGAGGCUUCCCCUGAAAGAUCUACAAGAACUCAACAAAAAGAAUUUCAGACUUACAUUUUGGACAGUGUGAUGGACCAUUUGCUUGCAGCUGAUGUAUUAUUGGGGGAAGAUGCAUCUCUGCCUAUUACCAGUGGAGGGAGCUACCAGGUAUUGGUGAACAAUGUGUUUUAUUUCACACAACGUGUGGUGGACAAGCUUUGGCAAGGCAUGUUCAACAAAGAAUCUAAACUUCUUAUAGAUUUUAUAAUUCAACUAAUUGCACAGUCCAAGAGAAGGUCACAGGGAUUGUCACUGGAUGCGGUUUACCACUGCCUCAAUAGGACCAUCUUGUACCAGUUUUCACGGGCACACAAAACUGUUCCUCAGCAAGUAGCUCUCCUUGACUCUCUCAGGGUCCUUACUGUAAACAGGAACUUGAUCCUGGGACCUGGAAACCAUGACCAAGAGUUCAUCAGCUGUCUCGCUCACUGCUUGAUUAACCUACAUGUUGGAAGCAGUGUGGAUGGGUUUGGACUGGAAGCGGAAGCACGCAUGACUACCUGGCACAUUAUGAUCCCCUCCGACAUCGAACCAGAUGCUGGGUAUGGCCAAGAUAUCAGUGAAGGGCGUCAGCUUCUCAUAAAAGCUGUCAACAGAGUUUGGACUGAGCUAAUACACAGUAAGAAACAAGUCUUGGAAGAACUUUUCAAAGUAACCCUGCCCAUGAACGACAGGGGCCAUGUAGACAUAGCUAUGGCAAGGCCACUCAUUGAAGAAGCUAGUCUGAAGUGCUGGCAGAAUCAUUUGGCUCAUGAAAAGAAAUGCAUAAGUCGCGGAGAAGCUUUAGUGCCCACCACGCAAUCCAAACUGUCCCGUGUCAGCAGUGGUUUUGGUCUUUCCAAGUUAACAGGAUCAAGAAGGAAUCGAAAGGAAAGUGGUCUUAGUAAACACAGUCUUUCCACCCAGGAGAUUUCUCAGUGGAUGUUUACACAUAUUGCUGUUGUUCGUGAUCUGGUAGACACACAGUACAAAGAAUAUCAGGAGCGUCAGCAGAAUGCCCUGAAGUAUGUGACAGAGGAGUGGUGCCAGAUCGAGUGUGAGCUGCUGCGGGAGCGAGGAUUAUGGGGUCCCCCCAUUGGUUCCCAUUUAGACAAAUGGAUGUUGGAAAUGACAGAAGGGCCCUGCAGAAUGAGGAAAAAAAUGGUGCGAAAUGAUAUGUUUUAUAACCAUUAUCCUUACAUGCCAGAAACAGAACAAGAGACAAAUGUGGCGUCUGAGACCCCAAGUAAACAGCCUGAGACACCAGAUGAUACCAUUCCUCAAAAGAAACCUGCUCGUUACAGAAGAGCCAUAAGUUAUGACAGUAAGGAAUACUACAUGCGCCUAGCCUCCGGCAAUCCAGCUAUCGUCCAGGAUGCCAUUGUGGAGAGCUCAGAAGGUGAAGCCACUCAGCAAGAACCAGAGCAUGGCGAAGACACUAUUGCCAAAGUCAGAGGUCUGGUCAAGCCUCCUUUAAAACGCUCUCGAUCUGCACCUGAUGGAGGAGAUGAGGAGAACCAGGAGCAGCUACAAGACCAAAUUGCUGAGAGCAGCUCUGUAGAAGAGGAGGAGAAAACAGACAAUGCCACCUUACUACGCCUAUUAGAAGAAGGAGAAAAGAUCCAACACAUGUACCGUUGUGCUCGAGUCCAGGGUCUGGAUACCAGUGAGGGGCUCCUUCUGUUUGGCAAAGAGCAUUUUUAUGUGAUUGAUGGGUUUACUAUGACAGCAACCAGGGAAAUAAGAGAUAUCGAAACAUUGCCUCCAAAUAUGCAUGAGCCAAUUAUUCCUAGAGGAGCUAGGCAAGGGCCUAGUCAACUCAAGAGAACAUGUAGUAUUUUUGCAUAUGAAGAUAUCAAAGAAGUGCAUAAAAGGAGAUAUCUCCUGCAGCCUAUUGCUGUUGAAGUUUUCUCUGGAGAUGGACGGAAUUACCUCCUUGCUUUUCAAAAAGGAAUUAGGAACAAAGUCUACCAGAGGUUUCUGGCAGUGGUGCCAUCGCUAACCGACAGUUCAGAGUCUGUGUCUGGGCAGAGACCAAACACUAGCGUGGAGCAGGGAUCUGGGUUGCUUAGCACUUUGGUUGGAGAGAAGUCUGUAACUCAGAGAUGGGAGAGAGGUGAGAUCAGCAACUUCCAGUAUUUGAUGCACUUGAACACCUUGGCUGGCAGAUCCUAUAACGAUCUCAUGCAGUAUCCUGUCUUCCCCUGGAUCCUUGCAGAUUAUGACUCAGAGGAGGUAGAUCUUACUAAUCCCAAGACAUUUAGAAACCUGGCUAAGCCAAUGGGAGCACAGACAGAUGAACGGCUGGCUCAGUAUAAGAAGCGUUACAAAGAUUGGGAGGAUCCGAAUGGAGAAACUCCAGCAUACCACUAUGGAACUCAUUAUUCAUCUGCAAUGAUUGUGGCCUCAUACCUUGUGAGGAUGGAACCUUUCACACAGAUAUUCUUAAGGCUACAGGGUGGCCACUUUGACUUGGCUGACCGGAUGUUCCACAGUGUGCGGGAGGCCUGGUAUUCAGCAUCAAAGCACAACAUGGCAGAUGUGAAAGAACUUAUCCCAGAAUUUUUUUACUUACCAGAAUUCCUGUUCAAUUCCAACAACUUUGAUCUAGGCUGUAAACAAAAUGGCACCAAGCUUGGAGAUGUUAUCCUUCCACCCUGGGCAAAAGGAGACCCACGAGAAUUCAUCAGAGUCCACCGUGAGGCUUUGGAGUGUGACUACGUGAGUGCCCAUCUGCAUGAGUGGAUUGACUUAAUAUUUGGCUAUAAGCAGCAAGGCCCUGCUGCAGUAGAAGCUGUAAAUGUCUUCCAUCACCUUUUUUAUGAGGGUCAAGUGGAUAUCUACAAUAUUAAUGACCCACUAAAGGAGACAGCCACCAUCGGGUUCAUUAAUAACUUUGGUCAAAUCCCUAAACAGUUAUUUAAAAAACCUCAUCCACCAAAGCGAGUGAGGAGCCGACUCAAUGGCGACAACAUGGGACUCUCUGUCCCACCAGGAUGCACAAGUGACAAGAUCUUUUUCCAUCAUCUGGACAACUUGAGGCCUUCUCUAACACCUGUGAAAGAACUCAAAGAGCCUGUGGGACAAAUAGUGUGUACAGAUAAAGGCAUCCUUGCGGUAGAACAGAACAAGGUUCUCAUCCCACCAACCUGGAACAAAACUUUCGCUUGGGGCUAUGCAGACCUCAGCUGCAGACUGGGAACUUAUGAAUCAGACAAGGCAGUGAUUGUUUACGAGUGUUUGUCUGAGUGGGGCCAGAUUCUCUGUGCAAUCUGCCCCAACCCCAAGCUGGUCAUUACAGGCGGCACAAGCACCGUGGUUUGCGUGUGGGAGAUGGGCACCUCAAAGGAAAAGGCGAGGACCCUCAUGCUCAAGCAGGCCUUACUUGGUCACACAGAUACUGUCACCUGUGCCACUGCUUCGCUGGCCUAUCACAUCAUCGUCAGUGGAUCCCGCGACCGAACCUGCAUCAUUUGGGAUUUGAACAAGCUGUCAUUUCUAACCCAGCUCCGAGGCCAUCGAGCUCCAGUUUCUGCUCUUUGUAUCAAUGAGUUAACAGGAGACAUUGUGUCCUGCGCUGGCACUUACAUACAUGUGUGGAGCAUUAACGGGAACCCUAUUGUGAGUGUAAACACAUUCACAGGUGGGAGCCAGCAGAUUGUCUGUUGCUGCGUGUCAGAGAUGAAUGAAUGGGAUACACAGAAUGUCAUAGUGACGGGACACUCGGAUGGAGUGGUUCGGUUUUGGAGAAUGGAAUUUUUGCAAGUUCCUGAAACACCAGCUCCGGAGCCUGUUGAAGUCCUAGAAAUGCAGGAAGACUGUCCAGAAGCACAAAUAGGGCAGGAAGCCCAAGAUGAAGACAGCAGUGAUUCGGAAGCAGAGGAGCAGAGCAUCAGCCAGGUUCCUAAGGAUGCUCCCAGCCAGCCCAGCAGCACCAGCCACAGACCUCGGGCAGCCUCCUGCAGAGCCACAGCCACCUGGUGCACUGACAGUGGCUCCGAUGACUCCAGGCGCUGGUCUGACCAACUUAGUCUUGAUGAGAAAGAUGGCUUCAUAUUUGUGAACUAUUCCGAAGGCCAGACCAGAGCCCAUCUUCAGGGACCCUUGAGCCACCCUCACCCCAAUCCCAUCGAAGUGCGGAAUUACAGCAGAUUGAAGCCUGGGUACAGGUGGGAGCGGCAGCUGGUGUUCAGGAGCAAGCUGACUAUGCAUACAGCCUUCGACCGAAAGGACAAUGCACACCCAGCCGAGGUCACCGCACUGGGUGUCUCCAAGGAUCACAGCAGGAUCCUCAUUGGUGACAGUCGAGGCCGAGUGUUCAGCUGGUCCGUGAGUGACCAGCCAGGCCGUUCUGCUGCUGACCACUGGGUAAAGGAUGAAGGUGGUGACAGCUGUUCGGGCUGCUCAGUGAGAUUUUCCCUCACAGAAAGACGACACCAUUGCAGGAACUGCGGUCAGCUCUUCUGUCAGAAGUGCAGUCGGUUUCAGUCAGAAAUCAAACGCUUGAAAAUUUCAUCCCCAGUUCGCGUUUGUCAGAACUGUCACUACAACUUACAGCACGAGAGGGGUUCAGAAGAUGGGCCUCGGAAUUGUUGAAGAGACCGUGGCCUGGAGACCCCUCUCCAAUUCCCCAUCAUGGCUCAAAGGCAUCGAACCGUCUCCGUUUACACGGCCCUUCAUACUGCAUGUGUGGUGUGAGCAGUUCAAAGGAAUCAGUGGAUAACGGGUGGAGAGUGCGAUGGGGCAGGUGCUGUCCAGAUGGACAGCACAAGAAGAAUGAAACAAGGCAGUUACCAGGAGCAACACUGUUCAGAUCCACUUCUCCCCGUAAUGUAGCUGUCUCCAAGAGAAAAAUCCUCGCUACUUACUGUCGCUUCCUGCAUCUCAUUUUUAUAGAGCCACUCAUCCUUAUUUGGAAAAAGAACAAAAACAAAAACAAAAAAAAGGCUUUUAGAAAAUGGUUGUAAAUCUGACUUCUUUGCAAGUAACUGUGUAUAUUGUAAAUAGGUAUAAAGGCCUUUUUUUUCUAAAUAAGGACCUAACUGCCUGUAACAUGAGACUUCAAACUAAACCACUAACUCAAUGAAGUACUUAUGGUUUGUCUAACAUCUCUCACCAAUUAAUUAUAAAUAUUUUUUUUAAUCUUUAAAGGCAUUAUCUGUGGUCUUACUUUUUUUCUUUUCAAACCCGCCUGUGUGCCUGGUAUCAUUUCUUUCAAGUUGCUCACAGUAUCUCCACUUAAACUAGGCUAAUAACCAAAAUAACGCGGACCUUCUUUACGAACCAGUGUGGGAGAAAAGAAAUGCAGCCAUAAGGUAACCGGGAAAUAUUUGGGCAUCUUGUAUCUGGCUACACACCACCUCAGUGUUCUAAUGUAACAGACCCCUUUCAGGCAGCUCUGUGGACUGCGUGGUCAAAGUGACCCUUCCUAACAUUGCGUGAAGGGUGUCAGGUGACCAGUGUAGUGCAGCACACGGCUCUGCCUCAAGUAAAGGAAAAUAUGCAUGUAACCCCAAAGUAGCUUCUCUUGUAUAGAGCAUAACAAGUAUGUGUCUUCGCUGACACUAAAUGUUCUAGUAUAGCUUAUUUUCAAAAAAGAUUUAAACAAAGUGUACAGAAUUAACAUUUAAACCUUGUUGUAAAACUGGAUCAUGUCAGAACUGCUUUAAAUUAACCUUUCCCAUUUAAUGCCAUCUACCUGAAAACAGUGAGAUUUAUACUGUAUCAAUGUCUAUUUUUUUGUUUUUGCUAUGAAUAUACUGACAGUAUUUUAAUAUUUAGUUAUUUAAUUUGUUCUAGUUGGAUACAGAACACACAAGUCCAGUGGGAUUAAAACUGGUGAGGGCUGAAAGAUAAGUUUAAUUUACAGAAAAAAAAAGGCUUUGGUGAUGGGAUUUUUUUUAAAUGUGUGUUAUGUACAUAAAUAUAAAUAUAUAUAUAUAUGAAAUCAAAUAAAACAAUUAAUCUAGAUUUUAACAUUUUCAGAAACUUAGUGAUAAUACUAUGAACAAUUCUAAAAGCCCUGUGAUUUGAAAAACAUAGGAUCAGUGAUGGCCCAAGAAAGGAUAGGCCGUCACACCCUCGCGGAGGUAUCUUGCAAAGGACAGUGGCUUUGGCUUUCCCAACUUUUUCAUCUUUAGGCCCUGGUGACAGGCACACUUAUGCACUAAAAUGCACAUAUAUGCACAUGUGUUCAAAAAUAGGCAUUUGGUACAACAGUGAUCUUGUACCUAAUGGGCUGAAACCAGCUUAAGAACAAAUGUGUUCUUCCUGAUAACUAGCUCUCCAAGAGAAAAUAUAAAGGCUGCUUCAGUGCCUUAUGUUUACUAAAUUUAAAUCUUUAUUUACCUAGGUUUGAGCCUAUACUCUAUUUAUGAUUACAUAGCAAAAUUGAUUCAAACACUUCAUUCCUAAAAGUUCAAAUACACUUGUGAAUAAAAGGAUUAUUGGCAUUAAUCCUUCCACUUGAAGAGAAAUUGUGUUCUGUUUUCCUUUCUGUGUCUCACUCCUCACCUUCCCCAUCACCGUCUUACUCUAGUUCUCAAAAGUGAUGCUGAUGUUCACUGGUUCACAUAGCAGCAGGCUUGCCCUGUCUGCCCUCUGGAAGCGUUGUCGCGGUGUUAUGCUACACUUUUUAAGAAGAGUCGUCCUCCUUUUGUCCAUGAACCACGUUUGUGUACCCGUACCCAAUGCAGAGGUGUUCUUUAAAGACUUGAAUACAGGAAUGUGUGUUUGUAGAUACUUACAGGUUAUUCCUCUCUGUAAUCUGAAGUUUCAUUGGAUGAACACUUUUAAACUUUUCCAACACAACUUCCAUAACUAGAAGGUGGCAACCAAAACCCUCAUGAUAGUAUUUCCUCUGGCAGCUGGUGCUGUGGGCAACUGUUUUAUUCAGUCAGGUUGUUUUUUGCUUCUAAUGCAGAAAUCACAGAAUCACUCACACAUACGAGUACACUCACAAACAUAAACUAAUUGUUUCUCUGAGUAUCUUUCUGUGUUCCACGUAAGUUUGUUUACCAACAUAUGUUCUCAACAUGUGCAUCCACCUAUGUGUGGUCUACUCUUUGUGUGAGAGGACCUCACAGGGCACCUGCCUGAUCUUUGUAAUUUGUCUGUUCAUCCAUCCUUCCACCCAUCCACUCAUUUCUUCAUGAAUUCUUGCAUUUGUGUGUAGUGUGCAAGUGUAAUGAUGCCAUGCUUUGGAAGCAGAGAAUAGCCGCCCAUAGCAGCCAGCCAUCUGGAUAACAGCAAAACACUCUAGAUAAGUUAUUUUGCACUUUCUUAUGUAUAAAGUUGGUAGAAACUUAUUUUUGCUUUGUAUCAUUUAAAUACAUUUUGUUUUGGUAAAUGAACUGUGUAUAAAAUAUUUAUGCUGUUAAAACUGUUUUUAGAAAGUUUUUAAUUUCAGCAAGUUUGGUUACUUGUUGCAUGACCAUUAACACAGCUGACUUUUUGUGUCAGUACAAUGUAUAUUUUUUGUCCUGUUAUUAACUUGUAAGCCCUAGUAAUGGCCAACUAUUUGUACAGCAGCAGAAGUAAAUUGAAGAUACUGGCUAAGACUGGAUUGAUUGUGGACUUUUGUACUAUAUUGCAGAAUCCAAUAUCUGUUUUUUGGUGGUUAUGUAAAAGGCCUGAAGAAUUCCUAUCUAGUGUGCAAUCUGUGAUAUCUGAAUGUUCAUUGUAUAUCUGUCUCUGAUGCAAAAAGGUAGAGUAACACAAUUACAAUACAUGGUUAAACGCAAUAGUCCAGGUACUUAAGUAUUUUUUUCAUUUCAAAUAAAUACCUACUAUU